GCCGUCCUUGUUGCUGCGGGGGGCGGCAUUUCCACACGGACCGGAAGUUGUAUGCACAUGGGAGCGGAGCCUGGAUAAGAUUGCAGCAUGGGGAAGCCUCGGAGAAACCCAAGGCCUAAGAAAGUAACAAAAGAUGAAGCUGUGUACGAUGAAUCGCUCUCCAACGCAGACGUCCCGUCUUCUAAAGAGCUAUCCUCAGAUUACUAUAAUGACGCAAUUGACAAAUACCAUGAGGAGAAGUUUGAGAGUCUUAUGAAACAAGGAGUGACAUUUGGCAGCGAUGAAGAACAGUACGACAGUGAGGAAGAGGUUAUGCCUCUUGAUAUUGUGGAAGAUGAUGAAGACCAGGAAGAAGAAGAGGAGGAGGAUGAUCGUAUUUCCAUGGGCAGUGACCUAGAAGAUCGGGACAAAGAUGGCCUUCCAGAUGAAUUGGCGUGGGGACAGAGGAAGAAGCUGUAUUACGACACAGACUACAAACAGAAGAAAAAAGUGAAAAAAACUAAGGAGGAGUUGGAAGCUGAGGCUGCAGAGGAGGAGGAGGAAGCUCAGAAUAUUCAGAGGCGUUUAGCCAAGACCCUCGAUGAGGAAGACUAUGGGCUGGAUUUUAUCCAGGCAUUUGCAGAAAAGCCUAGUGAAGAGACCCCCACCGAGGAGAAGAUUGUAAAAGACUUGGAGAAGAUGUCUGAGAAGGAGAAGAGGAAAUUGUUGAAGAAGGAAUCUCCAGAGCUGAUGGAGCUGAUACAAGAUCUUAAGCAAAAGUUGGCUGAAGUGAAAAAUGAAUUGCAACCGUUGAUCACAAUGGUGAAAGGUGGAAUUAUCCCUAAAGGAAAGGGCAGUACCUACCUACAGACGAAAUACCAUCUGUAUUUAAACUAUUGCAUGAACAUUAGCUACUACCUGCUGCUGAAGGCAAAAAGAAUAGCAAUCAGCGGGCACCCCGUGAUCGAGAGGCUGGUCACGUACAGGAACCUGAUAAAUGAAUUGGCUGAUGUGGAUGAGAGAUUAUCUCCAGAAAUUCGUCUUUUGCUAUCUGAAGAGUUUCAGAAAAAGGUUUCCGAAGGAAAACUUAGCACCCAAGAGCCGAAACCGUCUAAAAAACCCGCUAUCAAGCGCCCUAUAUCGGAGGCCAAGCCCGAGGAUGACAGCGAUAUGGAUGAAGAGGCGGCUCUCAAUUACUACAGAAUGAUGGAGAAUAGAUUAUUACAAAAGAAGAAACCUGCGGAGGAGCAGAUUGUGGAGGCGCCAUCUGAAGAAAUGGAUCCCAAUGCCAAGAGAGGCAUCACUUACCAGAUUGCUAAGAAUAAAGGGCUUACACCGAAAAGAAGGAAGAUUGACCGUAACCCAAGAGUUAAGCACAGAGAGAAAUUCCGACGUGCAAAGAUCCGCAGAAAGGGCCAGGUACGUGAGGUCCGUAAGGAAGAAGUCCGAUAUUCCGGGGAGCGCUCUGGUAUCCAUGCUGGAGUUAAGAAGAGUAUCAAGCUUAAAUUUUAAUGUAUUUGAGGUGAAAGAUUGUACAGUAAAAGCUUGUAUUUGUACUGGU